CUGGACAUCAUCUGCACUCAGCAUGGGUCGAGCAUUUAUUUGGACAGGUUUAGCUGUCUUGCUGUUCCUUCACUGCAGUUCUGCUUUCAAACUGGUUUGCUAUUUCACCAACUGGGCUCAGUACAGGCAAGAUAAAGGGAAAUUCUUGCCUAAAGACAUUGAUCCCAAACUGUGCACUCAUCUCAUUUAUGCAUUUGCGGGAAUGAAAGACAACAAGAUCACAACAGCAGAGUGGAAUGAUGAACAGCUCUACAAGGAUUUCAAUAACCUCAAAAAAACGAAUCCAGGUCUGAAUACACUUUUAGCUAUUGGUGGAUGGACUUUUGGUAGUACAAAGUUCUCUGCAAUGGUAGCUACUGCUCCCAACCGCCAGACGUUUAUUUCUUCUGUGGUUUCAUUCCUCCAAACACAUGACUUCGAUGGCUUAGACCUAGAUUGGGAAUAUCCUGGUGCCAGAGGCAGCCCUGCAGAGGAUAAACAACGUUUCACCUUGUUAGUUCAGGAAAUGAUGCAAGAAUUUAAAGCAGAAGCCCAGAGGACAGGAAAGAAAAGACUCUUGCUUAGUGCUGCUGUUGCAGCUGCGAAGGAAACUAUUGACAAAGCCUACGAAGUGGACAAGAUCUCAGAAUCUCUGGAUUUUAUCAACCUCAUGGCAUAUGAUUUUCAUGGAGCCUCAGAAGGAGUCACAGGACACGUCAGCCCCCUGUUCCCUGACACUGACAAUGCUGUGAAGUACUGGAAGAGCAAGGGAGCGCCAUCUAAAAAGAUCAUUCUGGGAAUUCCUGCCUACGGACGAUCCUUUACCCUUUCUACUUCACAGAAUGGAGUGAAUGCUCCAGCCUCAGGGCCUGGGACAGCUGGUAUUUACACAAAAGAAAACGGAUUUUUGGCUUAUUAUGAGAUCUGUGUCUUUAAAAAUGGUGCUACCACAGUAGUGAUUGAAGAUCAGAAGGUUCCAUAUUCCUUCAAAGGAAACCAAUGGGUAGGAUAUGAUCAUGUCAAGAGCGUUACAAAUAAGGUCCAGUAUCUGAAGAAAGAAAACCUGGGAGGUGGUAUGGUGUGGGCCUUAGAUCUAGAUGACUUCAGUGGUUCCUUUUGUAAUGAAGGAAGAUACCCACUUCUUAACACUCUGAAAAACCAGAUGGGCUCUACCAGUUAAUCAGCAGCAUUCCUGAAGAUGAAAUGUCAGAUCUAGGUCCAACACAACCUGCUUCACCAGCAGCAAACCACUUCUGUCUUUGACAAGGCUAAAAGGAUCUAUAGUAUACUGAAGAUACUGAAAAGUACUAUUUCUGGUCCAACAAGUACCAUUUCCAUAUGCUGUGCCCAGUAAGGCUAAUAUUUGACAAUCAGUGCAGAUGUUGUAACUAUUUUCAUUGAAGCACUUGGUCCCCACCAGUCCCAAAGAUAGGCAUAUUCCAUAACUAGCAGUGUAUUGUCUCUAAAUUAAACUAUCCAUUCUUUCCAAUGUAUUCAUCAACCCAUUUCUCUAACCUGUAAUAAAUGCAUAUUAUCCUUUGAUUCUUUAUUCCAGUGUGUAAACAACCAAGAUGUUUUUACUUCAUAGUAAUUUUCAGAGAACAAUAUGUGUUAUCGCUUACUCUAGACUCUGUCUUUAUUUUGUAAUAUUCUUUUGCUAAAGUGGAUCAUAAAUAAACU